CUUUCCCGCAGGCCGUUACAAGCUCUCGAGCAGCAGGCCGGCGCCGCCGGUGUGCAGUGAAAAGGGAACCUCGAGGUUCAAGGGGAUCUCCUCGCCAACGUCAUGCGGCGAAUCUCAGACCACAGGGUCCAGAAAAACGCUCAAAGACACCCAACAGGCGACGUUUUACAGCAGUGGGAGGAGCCGUCCUCAGCCGCUCUGUGGGAGGAGCUAAGCACCCAUCCGAUGGUGCUGCUGAGCUGAUAACGCACUGAGCGGAGUUAUGAAACCACCCUUUGUGAAUCGUUUGGAUAAUUAAAGGAACAUAAAACAUUUCAUCUAAGAAGAAAACAAGGAUGACCUUGAUCAGGAAACGCUGUUGUGGACGUUUUUUCUAUUUCCUCACAAUGGUCUAUUUGCCAAUGUUCAGUGUCAGACCAUAAGCAACAAACAGAGACAGACAAACAAAAGGGUCCUGAUCCACUCAUGCUGUUUUGGCUGGACUGUCCAGCUCUGUACAAUGAAGAGACCCAAGCAGCAGUCACAGUCCCUUAGUUUUCUCAGCUUCUUCAGCCGAAAGCCCAAAUCUGAUCCCAGGAUUGAGAAGCCCGCCAGGACUUUGAACAAGGAGGAAGUGGCCAUCACUCUCACACCCAAUGACCAUGAACACGUGCUACAAGACUGGGCUCACAGUGAGGUUGGAUUAGAGGGCGGCAGGGAUGGAGGAGAUCCUGGGAAAGGGGAAGAUGACGAGGGAGGUGUGGAGUGUGGGAGCAGUGGCUCAAUGGGUGUACUGUCCUUGUCCUCCUCCAGUCAGGAUCAGCUGCUCGAGCACCUAGUGGAGUGCCCGCUCUGCCUCCUGAGUCAACCACGCGGCCACUUCCCUCGCCUGUCCUCCUGCCAGCACCGUGCCUGCACUGACUGUUUGCGCCAAUACCUACGCAUCGAGAUCUCUGAGAGCCGAGUGGGUAUCGCCUGCCCGCAGUGCCCUGAAGUACUGGCUCUGCCCGACGUCCGUGCCAUCCUGGAUGACGGUGCUCUGCUGGAGCGCUUCGAAGAGUUUCAGCUGCGCCGCUUUCUGGCUGCUGACCCGGACACGCGCUGGUGCCCAGCCCCAGACUGCAGCUAUGCAGUGAUAGCUUACGGCUGUGCGGAGUGUCCCAAGCUAAGCUGUGGUCGGGAAGGCUGUGAAACCGAGUUUUGCUACCACUGCCGUCAGCUGUGGCACCCAGACCAGACUUGCGACCAAGCCAGACGUCAGCGCUCUCGCCACACGUCAGGAGGCAAUGAUGUUUCCACACUCUUCGUGUUCAACGAGGAGCCUGGCGAUGCAGAGGAGAUCAAGCCCUGUCCACGGUGUGGGGCCUACAUCAUGAAGACUAAUGAUGGCAGCUGCAAUCGAAUGAACUGUACAGUGUGUGCUUGUCAGUUCUGUUGGCUGUGCAUGCAGGAGAUCACUGAUGUGCACUACCUCAGUCCCUCAGGCUGCACUUUUUGGGGAAAGAAGCCGUGGUCACAGACCCGAAAGGUUUUGUGGCAGGUCGGCAUGCUGCUCGGGGCUCCAGUGGUGAUCUCACUCAUAGCAGGCAUUGCGAUACCGGUCAUCAUUGUGGGCAUCCCAAUUUAUAUGGGCCGCAAGGUAAAGAUUGAAAAAUGUGCUGCAUUAUUUAAAUCAAAGUGAGCUGCUACUGUAUGUUUGUCCUCUCUGUUGAGAAAUGCAUUCAGUGACCGUUUAAUAGCUCUAGGAUGAUAAAAAGACAAGGUCAUGCCCCUGGCUGUAUCCUCAUCAUGAGAAAAGUGCUGCUGAAUGCUUAUAUGUAAAUGUAUGUAGAUCCACCAGACCCUUCACACAGCAGGUUAAUGUGAUGUAGAAAAUGUUUGCAAAGAAAGUAGAGCGUGCUUCACUGUGCCAUUUUCACUGUGCCACUGUGCCAAAGAGUCAAUUUUGCUCUUUGGGACCCCAUGAAAAAAAAACAAAAAAAAACAGCGGGAUAUUUUUAGAGUAAUAAGAUUAAUCAGAAAACACUCAUUUGAUUACUUCCUUUGUAUGUGACAAUUAGUUUUAAGUCUCUUAACACCCUCAAACCUGAAUUAUGUUUCAAGUUUCUGAAAAAUA